AUGUCCGCAUCGUCUCCGUAUACGUGUAUUACAUGUCAUGUUGCUUUUACUAAUGGUGAAUUGCAACGUGCUCAUUAUAAAGCCGAUUGGCAUCGGUAUAAUUUGAAACGUAAAGUUGCAGAUCUUGGUCCGAUAUCUGCGAUUGAGUUCACUGAAAAAGUCGAAGCUAUCCAACAACAGAAUUCAGCGAAAACGAUCGAAAGUAAUGACCGAUCAACAUUUUCGUGUAAAGAGUGUGGAAAAGGAUUCACAUCGGAAAAUGGUAUGCUGAAUCACACGAAAUCGAAGAAACACAUCGAAACGGUUGCGAGAAAUGCCAAUCUUCCGAAGGUAGAUCCUAGUCAAUAUACAAAAUCUUCCCAAGAAUCACCGAAUGUGGAAGUUAUGGAAGAAGAUGACGUCGAAGAUGACGGUGGUUGGAGCGAUGUGGAUGAUGGUGACACAGUUACACAUGCGUCCAUGGUCGAAGGUGAAGCUGAAGUUCUUGGCACCCCGUUACGUCUAGAAGAAUGUCUGUUUUGUUCAUUAAAAUCAUCUAAUCUUGAAGAGAAUCUUAGUCAUAUGGCACAUGCACAUAGUUUCUUUCUACCAGACUUCGAAUACAUCACAGAUCUGCCAGGUUUAGUGGAAUAUCUCGAUGAAAAAGUCGGCAUAUAUCACGUGUGUCUUUGGUGUAACAAGAGAUCUUUCCAUGAUGUUCUUUCUGUUCAACGACAUAUGACAGCCAAGGGACAUUGUAAGAUGCUCUUCGAUGACAAUCCCAACGCUGCUUGGGAAUACGUGGAUUUCUACGAUUAUUCAGCAAGUCAUCCCGAUUCAAAUGAUAAAAAUGUCGACGAAGAUAUCGAUAGUAACCUGCUCGAGACCAAUGGUUUUGAACUCGUAUUACCAUCUGGAAAAACAGUUGGACAUCGAACACUUCUUCGAUACUACCAACAGAGCUUAUCCAAUCGAAACAAUGUACGAUCACUUGAAUUGGUGAACCGAAUCAAAGAUAAAUAUCGAGCACUCGGUUGGUCUGGACCGGGAACAACAGGUGAAGUCUUCCAACGCAAAGUUCGUGAUUUGAAAUAUAUGCAGCAAUGGAAAGCCAAACAACACAUGAGACUCGGUGUCAGAAACAACAUGCAUCAACAUCACUUCCGUGUACAAGUGAACUUUUAG